GCAAGCCGCAAGUGAACGAAGGAACUAACGGAGGAGAGAUCGAGCCCUUACCGGAUCUACCGGGAGGCAGCAGAGCUACAGAGCGAGUCCCCGCAGAGCGAGUCCCCGCAGCGCGCCCCGGAGGAGCCGAACGGAGGAAACGGUCCGCUGUGCGCCAGCCGCAGGAAGAAGCACCAAGCGAUGCGAGCGCAGCCCACCACCGCCCAGUAACCAGCCGAACCAGCGCCGAGGAGACCCGAAGGGACGGAGGUUUCCACCGUCACGAGAACGCCACGAAAACGGACCCGAAGCCAGCUGCGGUGGCUCCACCGUGCUCCUUUCUUUCUUCUGGAUCACAGCGACAGGAUCGCCGAUUUAAUGCGCUAACGGAGCGUCUGAGCCCGGCUUGAGAGAGAGAGAGGGAUCUGCCCAGAGAGAACCAGGGGAUCGAAGGCAGAGUGCAGAAAAGGUGGAAAUAUUCACAGUUCAAAGGAUCUGCAGUCAAAUUUGAUUUCCCCCUCCUCUCUGAUAUAAACCCGCUGGUCUGGUGCGUUUUCGUUGCGUGAAUCCUGGUACCGGUAACGCCAUCAAGCUGUGUUCUCUAACCAUGGGAUGUACGCUGAGCGCAGAGGAGAGGGCGGCUCUGGACCGGAGCAAAGCCAUCGAGAAGAACCUGAAGGAGGACGGGCUGACUGCGGCCAAAGAUGUCAAACUGCUGCUGCUCGGGGCUGGAGAGUCAGGGAAAAGCACCAUCGUCAAACAAAUGAAGAUCAUCCAUGAGGACGGUUUUUCUGGCGAUGACGUAAAGCAGUACAAGCCUGUCGUUUACAGCAACACCAUCCAAUCUCUGGCUGCCAUCGUCCGCGCCAUGGAUACGCUGGGCCUGGAGUACGGAGACAAAGAGCGCAAGGCGGACGCUAAGAUGGUGUGUGACGUCGUCAGUCGUAUGGAAGACACAGAGCCGUACUCCGCUGAGCUGCUGGGCGCCAUGAUGCGCCUGUGGGCCGACUCGGGCAUCCAGGAAUGCUUCAGCCGCGCCCGGGAGUACCAGCUCAACGACUCAGCGCAGUACUACCUCGACAGCCUAGAUCGGAUCGGUGCGGCCGACUACCAGCCCACAGAGCAGGACAUCCUCCGGACCCGAGUGAAGACCACAGGCAUCGUCGAGACGCACUUCACCUUCAAAAACCUUCACUUCAGGCUGUUUGAUGUGGGAGGUCAGAGGUCGGAGAGGAAGAAGUGGAUCCACUGUUUUGAAGAUGUGACGGCCAUCAUUUUCUGCGUGGCUCUGAGUGGUUACGACCAGGUUCUGCAUGAGGACGAAACCACGAACCGCAUGCACGAGUCGCUGAAGCUCUUCGACUCAAUUUGUAACAACAAGUGGUUUAACGACACUUCCAUCAUCCUCUUCCUUAACAAGAAGGACCUGUUUGAAAACAAGAUCGUCAAGUCUCCGCUGACCAUCUGCUUCCCAGAAUACACCGGUCCAGAUAAUUACGAAGACGGGAUUGCUUACAUCAAGUCUCAGUACGAAGGCAAGAACAAGUCGCCCAACAAGGAGGUGUAUUCUCACGUGACCUGCGCCACGGACACCAACAACAUCCAGUUCGUCUUUGAUUCUGUCACAGACGUCAUCAUAGGCACCAACCUGCGGGGCUGCGGCUUGUACUGACCGGAUGCUUUUACUUCUGUGGUACCUUGUUAUGUCACGUGUUUUGGGCCAAUUCGAUUGGUCGUCCUGUGAGAGUUGGUCAAAUGCUGUCCUCCUUUACUACAGAGCAGACUGUUGGUCCAGCUUGAUUUAACUCGGUUGGUUGGUUGGCUGAAAUUUCUGCUUGUUUAGUCCUGAACCACUCCCGCUGUGUACUGCUAUGUUUCUGACCUUACCUGACCCCAGUUCCCUGUCCCAGCCCCUCUGUCUCAGGCCUUCAUACCACACAAUGGUGUCUUGGUUCAUUCUGUAAAGGGGCAAUUGUGAGAAAAGCUUAACAAGUUUGUUAAUGCAUACAUAGUGUUGUAAGAAAUUUCCAUUGCUUAAUGCUUCAUUCUAUUUGGCCAAAUAUCACGAGAUUCCUCACCAACCUCGUUCAGAAUCCAACAUGGCUGCUGCAUGUGUAUUCGUAGCUCCUAUAAUUACCUGAUUUUUUUGCAUUGCUGAGUUUGCAUUUCAUUGAAUCAAUCACACACACACAAUACUCUGUGAUCUUUGUCAUGGUGACUGAACACAAUAGCAACCAGAAAAUUGGGUUGUUUUGCUACCACAGUUAGCUGCUCUCUGAAGACAAACGUAAGCUAAUGUCUGCGGUUAUAACUGAACACUCCCGCAUUAGCUAUGUCUUUGUAUUUAUAGAUUUUUUGUGGAACGUGACUGCAAAUUAUUCAAAACAAAAUGUAGCUUGAGAAGCUAAAAUACCUAAACGUGAUGCUCAUUGACAUCGUUUGCAAAGCAGCCAAUCCUAUUUUUCCUAGAGUAGCUGUAACUCCUGAGAGCGGAAAUGAUGAAAACAUCUGAUAUUAUUAGUAAAGAUUGAUAAUAUAUAUUAUGGUGUAUUUAGUGUUUAAAGUAGGGAGUUAUAAACAUUUCAGGGGAUGUUUUAGCUGUUCGUUGGUGGCUGUUGUCCAUAUCUCCUAUGAAUAACAGGAACGUCACACGUUUCUCUACACUGUUUUCUGCAUGGUGACCAGUAAUGUUCUGUCUGGACAUGGAGUAUUUUUUAUCAUUUCUAAAUAAUGAACACCAUUUUAGACUAGUUUUCCUCUGGCUUCUGAUAUGAGACAUAGGAUCUUGCAAGAGAUCUGAGAAUCAACCCUAUUUUAAACAGAGAACAUUAUUAUUUAAAAUCUCCCCGUUUUAACCGAAAGUAAAUACUUUCAACUCUAAUAUUCCUUUUUACAUAUUUAUCAAUUGUGUGCUUUUGUUUUGUAUUUGUAAACAACUAGGAUGUAUAUGGAGGAAAACAGGAUCUGAGCUGGGAGGAGGUUGCAUCAUUGCCUCAUGUUGCAGUGUGAACGACUCCAUUAUGAAACCACUUAAAACAAAGGGCUAGGAAAGCUGACUCAGCCAGGCAGCUACAGAUAGUGGCUGGAUGGAUGCAUCGAUUUCACCCCGCCCUGAGACUACAGCCAUUAUCUGAGGCUGCUCUCUGUAACACUCCUACUGUCCGCCGAAAAAACCCAGAGCUGAGCUUUGGAAGACUGAAACCUGGAGCGAGUAGAUGGCUGGGAUUUGGGUUCAGACUGAAGAUUAUUACAUGUUAAUGUAAGAUAGGAGUGGCUGUUUAUCAUAUCAUUUAUUGUGAUAAAAUUCCAAUUGAUGUCUAUUUACCCGUGCUUUUUAUCAACCAAACAAGAUGUCAAAAUUAAAAAAUUUUAAUAAAAACACCACUUCUGCAAAAACUCAACUUUCAAUGAAAGGAUUUGGCGCUAUGAAGCGGAGAUCAAAACUGGUUUAUUUUUCCAAACUGUAAUGGGAAAACUUUUUAUGCAUCAUGACUCACAUGACGAACAAUCAGAUGUUGCCACUGGCACAAAAAAAGACGACAGGAAGUAGUUGGAGAAUAAUGGGGCAGCCAUGUUUUUAAUAACUUAUCACAAACAAACUCAUUCACGUAAUUUUAAUUGUUUUUUUUUUAUGGAAACUCUGCAGUAACAAAAUGUGUCUGAUGUGAGUGGAUUUACUGCUGUGUUUCGUGCUUCAUCACUCCCAUCCUCUGCCUCACUUUUAAACAGGUAGAUGACAUCAUUAGCUCAUCUUUCCACAUCUGCGCCAAAUUUUCUAAUUAGCGACGGAGCGCUCCCCGAGGCUGUUGAUCGGCCUGCUGUGCAUGAUUCUGCUUGUGGAUUUUCUGUGUGUUUGCAGAUUGCGUACAGUUAAUAGUGUGUGUGUCAUUUAACAGAAUAGGAAAGGUCAGCUCACAAACAUGUGUGUACGUGUUGUGUUGGGAGGCAGCAUCAGCUCAGGGGUGCAAUGGUGGAGUCAGUAUCUGUGGAUUAAUUACCCGCAAGGCACCUGUCUACCCUUUACGCCAACACAAACUCACACAGCAGCACAGGCACUGAACGCACAGAACGGCCCUUUGGUUUUUAAAAUGUCGCCACACCUUCCUUUGCCAAAAUGUUCCCAUCGUUCGUAGCUAAAAGCAUCAGAUGGAUUCUGGUUGAUUUGGCAAACAGAAAAUCUGCCGUUUGUGUAAGAGUGAUGAUGCAAUGUGUCCUUAAAAUCUCUUGGUAGGAUAGGUAGUGCAACAAUGAUUAUAUUCUUGUUUUUUAUUAUUUUUUUGUUGUUUAUUCUGGUUUAUUUUAAUGCACAAUCAAGUAAUUAAAAUGACUUAAUUCUGUGCAUUAAAGUUAUUUAGUAAUAAAGUUCUCCUUCCUUUUAUAUGGAAGGUACUUUCCAUCUAAAUCCGCAGAAGUUGCAUAUUCUUUUUUGUUUGUUUCAUUAUUUUUAAUGAAAACUAAAUUCUUAGGUCUCCAAAUCCAAAGAAUGCACCUUACUGUCAACAUUUUUCAUCAACAAACAUUGAUCUUGUUAAAUUUUGCCUUAAUUUUUGGUUGUUUUUUAAUUUCACUGAAUUAAGCCAGAAAAAGCUUUCAAAUAGGAUAGUAGCAAAUGAGCGCAGUUUACUAGUUUUGUUAGUUUUUUGUUUCUAGUGCCUAACAGAAAGAUCUGUCACCAGUUGGAGGAAGACAUCCUGCUGAAUUUUCCAUUUGCGUGACGUUCUGUAAGCUCCAGUUCACAGUGAUAAAAUAAAAGUCUUCAUUUUUAUUUGCCUCACAGCAGAAAGUGAGAACUUUCUGCUGUGAGGCAGUCUUGCGAUAUCAGUUUGAGCUCCAGCUCCUUGAUUCUGGCUGUACU